UUAUGCACUUGGCAUUGCGUGCUGUCGGCGUUUUCCGGUGUUUUCAUCAGCGUUUUUGUCGUCUAGGCACGUCAGUAAGCUUUAGAAAAGUUGACGCAAUGGAUUCUAGUUUGACAGCAAGUCAAGUUCGUCAGAAGUUCAUUGAAUAUUUCACGAAGAAGAAGGGAAAAGAGCAUACGUUUGUGCAUUCGUCGUCCGUUAUUCCACACGAUGAUCCUACUUUGCUGUUUGCCAAUGCUGGGAUGAAUCAGUAUAAACCCAUCUUUCUUGGCACUGUGGAUCCUAACAGUGACAUGGCGAAAUGGACAUGCGCUGUCAACUCACAGAAGUGCAUCAGGGCUGGAGGCAAGCACAACGACUUGGAUGAUGUUGGAAAAGAUGUGUAUCAUCACACUUUCUUUGAAAUGCUGGGAAAUUGGUCAUUUGGUGACUAUUUCAAGAAAGGUGCCAUCGAAUUUGCAUGGGAUCUGUUGACUAACGUCUUCAAACUUCCCAAAGAUCGUCUCUAUGUUACCUACUUUGGUGGCUUGAAAGAAGCCGGAUUAGACGUAGACGAGGAUGCGAGACAGAUCUGGUUGUCUAUGGGCAUUCCCGAGGAUCGUGUGUUGCCGUUUGGAAUGCGAGACAAUUUCUGGGAAAUGGGAGAGGUCGGGCCGUGUGGUCCGUGUACGGAGAUACACUUUGAUCGCAUAGGAGGGAGGAAUGUGGCUCACUUGGUGAAUGAGGACGAUCCGGACGUACUAGAGAUAUGGAAUCUUGUGUUUAUACAGUUCAACAGGGAAGCCGAUGGCUCUCUAAAGAAGUUGCCAAAGCAACACGUAGACACAGGAAUGGGGUUAGAGAGAAUAGCAUCGGUCAUACAGGGAAAACAAUCGAAUUACGAUACCGACCUCUUUACUCCAUUGUUUGCUGCCAUUCAGAAGGCAACCGGUUCUCGUCCAUAUCAAGGCAAAGUUGGAGCUGCUGAUACGGACGGUAUAGACAUGGCCUAUCGAGUACUUGCUGAUCAUGCACGAACCCUCACUGUUGCUCUUGCUGAUGGCGGUCGUCCAGACAGCACAGGAAGAGGGUACGUGUUGAGGCGUAUAUUACGUCGUGCGGUGCGAUUUAGCUCAGAGAAGCUGAACGGUCGGCCGGGAAUGUUUGCGAGUUUGGUGAAUGUUGUUGUUGAGAAUUUGGGUUCUGCAUUUCCUGAGAUCACCAAAGAUCCCCAAGAAAUCAUGGACAUCAUUAAUGAAGAGGAAGAACAGUUUCUCAAAACUUUGGCCAGAGGGAAACGACUGUUUGAAAGAACAGUUACAAAACUGACAGACAACGUUGUGCCAGGUGAUGUUGCGUGGCGGUUGUAUGACACGUAUGGCUUUCCACUGGACUUAACCCAACUGAUGAGUGAAGAACGCAAUCUCACUGUCAACAUGGAUGAAUAUGAGGCAGCUAAAUCUAGAGCUCAGGUCAUUGCUAGAGGGAAAGGCUCGGGUGUGGACGAUGCGGUCAAUCUAGACGUUCAUGCAAUCAGCGAGUUGAGAGACAAAGGUGUCGCACUGACGGACGACAGUUAUAAGUAUGGAUACAAGGCAGACGAGAAUGGAGAAUACAACUUUGAACCAAUCAUCAGCCAAGUCAAAGCAUUGAGACUAAACCAACAGUUUGUCGACGAAGUCACCAGCGGCAUGCAGUGUGGCAUCAUCCUAGACAAAACCUGCUGCUAUGCCGAACAAGGAGGACAAGCAUAUGACCUUGGAUUUAUGGUCAAAGUCGGCGACGAGGAGACUGAAUUUUCAUUGAUUGAUGUGCAAGUUCGAGGUGGCUACGUGCUUCAUGUCGGCAGCGUCGAAGGAACGAUCAGAAUCGGCGACAAACUGAAAGUAUUGAUCGAUGAGUCGAGGCGUCGCUUGAUUAUGAGUAAUCACACUGCGACACAUCUACUCAAUUUCGCUCUCCGUAACCAGCUUGGUGAAGCCGACCAGAAGGGUAGUUUGGUCGCUCCGGAUCGCUUGCGGUUUGACUUCACAGCAAAGUCACCGAUGACGACCGAACAAAUGAAGAACUCAGAGAAUAUUGUGGGCGACUUUGUGAGUAAGGAUUCUGUUGUGUAUGCAAGGGAAGCUCCUCUGCCGGUGGCAAAAGAGAUUCAAGGUCUGAGGGCCAUCUUUGAAGAGGCAUAUCCUGAUCCAGUGAGGAUAUUAUCAGUUGGUAUUCCAGUUGAGGAUCUUGUGUCAGACCCUUCACAACCUGCAGGCAGCAAGACAUCUGUUGAGUUCUGUGGUGGAACACACGUCUUGAAGACGGGACACAUCGGUCCUUUUGCCAUUAUAUCAGAGGAAGCACUCGCAAAAGGUAUCAGAAGAAUAGUGGCUUUGACGGGACAAGCAGCCAAUCAUAGUCACAGGAGAUGUGAUAUGCUUCAGAAGUCUGUCAACGACCUAGAAGUCGAGGUGAAAAAGCAAAGUGCAGAAGGUGGAGAAAGUGAUCAGUCUUUGAAGCGAGUUGUUCAUCUAAAUGAGGAGGUGAUGUCGGCUGUUGUUUCUGUUUGGCGGAAAGAUGCCAUGAGGGAGUCAUUACAAUCAUUGAAGAAGCUUCUACUAGAAGGAGAAAAAGCUAGCAAGAAAUUAGUGAUGAAGAAAGCAACAGAUAAAGCAAAGGAACUCUUAGAAGUCAACAAAGACAAGCCAUUUGUUGUGGAAGUUAUUGAUGUCGGAUCUGUAGGAAAGGCUUUGUCAGAGGCGAUGCAGCAGUUCAAGAAAGCGUCUCCCAACACUGCACUCUUGCUGUUCAGUGUUGACAAGAAUGAAGGAAAGAUCAUAUAUCAGUGUCAAGUUCCAAAGAGUGCUGCUCAAUCUGGUUUAAAGGCCGAUAGUUGGGUGAAGAGUUUUUCCGAUUUACUGGAGGGAAAGGUAGGUGGAAAGGAUCUGGCUGCGCAAGGUUCAGGCAGCAACAUUUACGCUCUUGACGAGGCACUCACACUUGCUAGACAGUUUGCUGUCAUGAAGCUCCAUGAGCAGUAACAACUGAGCUUCUAGAGCCUUGCAAAGAGUUGUUGUGUUGUUGUCUGUUUUGUUUAUUUCAUGUUUGUGUCAUUGAAUGAAGUUCUGGGUCUGAGACAGA